AGCGGUAAGAUCUCAACGGACAUCUUACCCCAUGAAGGCUUGACAGAUCGUACCUACGAUGCCUGUACGCUCCUUCUCAUCCUUUCUUUUUCACAUUUUCGUCAUGAUACCCUCGACAUCAACUUUACUCUCCCUACUCCUGGCGGCCGCUUACGUCGUAGCGAUUCCGGCUGAGCCAUCCAUAUCUACCGGAAUCACCUCAACUAUAUUCGCGUCCAAUCCGUCCGAAAUCUCCACAUUUACUGGCGUUCAGACCACGGUCGUAGUCAGCGUCACUCCUUCAUCAGUCCCGAGUUGUGUCGCGGUCUCAAGUGGCAGCGUCGUCACUGUGACGAUCAGUGGCUCUCUUGUGCCCACCUCCGGGGCGACAAGCAGCCUUCUGGUCGCUAGGCAAGACGACAUAGCCAGCUCUUCCGUCGAAGCAAGUACGACCGCAAGCCCCACUAAUCUCUCAACAACGUUGUCGCCAAACUCAACACCGGUCCCUGAUGGUACCAUCACUAUUAGCUCGGUAGCACCGACUGCCGCUCCUUCGUCCACGUUCGUAGACUCUUGUGGUGUCACUACAGUCGCGGUCAUAGUCUCUUCAGCCUCCCGCCCUUCAGCUGCCCCAUCUUCUGGCUCGUCUUCUAACUCCAAUACGACUAACAACGGCGGUUCGGAUAAUAUCAACACUGGCAAUACCGGUGACGACUUUGGUAACACUGGUACUGGGACCACUAUGGCUGGGGGCUUGUGGGCGAGAUGCAGCGUGCCCUUGGGUGCACUUGCUGGAGCAUUCAUGCUAUUCGCAUGACCUGGUUCGGUUGCUGUAUGUGGCUCAAUUCGGAGUACGGACGUUCAUGCACGGACAUUCAGGUUGACUUCAGGCUGGAGUUUAUACGAAUUGUCGGACUUCUUACAUACAAUAUGGAGUAUCAUUAUCAUCAGUGACUCUUUGGAUCUUGCACGUUUGAUGGUGUCGUAAAGAUGCAUUAUAGUCUGCGACGAGUGAAGCCUCCAUACCAAUCCCAAAAUGUGCGUCGUGGAUUUUUGAACACUUGUCUGCAAUGAAAAGAUCACCUGGUU